AUGUCUUUUUCUGCACAUCCUCUGACCACCUCCACGAAGAAUUCAUCCAAUCCCGCUCCUGGGACCAACUUGUCCAAAGCCUGCGAUAACUGCUCACGGCGUAAGAUCCGAUGCGACAAAGUUGCGCCAUGUUCCAAUUGCCUACGUUUCGAGUUCCCUUGCACCGUUACCCCUCGGGUGGCAAGGUCGAAACGGCAAAGGGAGUCUAUAGCUGAGCAGGUAGCAGGCAAGAUUUCCCUUCUUGACGAGCGCAUAAGGCAGAUUGACCGCCUCGUCUUAGAGCUGGCCGGCGACUCUCCCUUGCGACCCGCGGUUAAGGGCUGUGUUUCGUCGAUUAUCAACACCCCAUUACCUAUCCCUAACAGUCCAAUCGAUCGAUCAAGUGCAAGCCUCCGGGGAUUUCGUGUUCACAAAGGUCUACUUCGCCACGAACUUGGUCAUCAAGCACCCGAUGACAACAAAGAAGUUGCGGUUGGGGUCGGUCACCUUGAACUUGAAGGAUUGUCAGCCCUGAGUGCUCAUACAAGUUUUGCAACCAAGUUUAUCCAAAAACUAAUCGACAAAAACGAGGGCGAUUCACUUAGUAGCGACACUCGUGAUCUACUCAACGAUCUGAAAAACACUGUCGAAGCGGUACACAAAAGCCACAAGUCUCUGGCCUCGAGAAACUCUACUCACUGGCAAAACCCCGGCUCAGACUCUAGUCAACACAAAAGAAACAUGAUGCCUCUUGGCGUAGUGCUCCGAAUGAUCUGGAACCCUUGCGCGGAGAAUGCGUUCCUGCUCAAAUGCUUGAGCACGUUGAUGCCGUCAAAACGUCUAGCAGAUCUGUUUCUGGAUGUGUAUUCUGACCCCAGUCUCGACCAAUACCUCUUCAUUAUCGCCAACUUCAUCCUAUACGGUAUGACGAAGUGCGAGAAGAGCGACAUCACUCAAGACCAAGCUUAUCAUCGCAAAAUAUGUGCCCAAAACAUCGAAAGUGGUUUGGCGGCAUUGCCUCUCUUCUUGCCACGUACCCAUUCCGUGGCUUUGGCACUCGUUCUCGGAUGCAUAUAUUGGAUGGAAAAUUCAGAGCCUCAUCUGGCCUGGACUUCGGUCGUUGCCGCCAGCGAGACCUCACAAUCACUGGGCUAUCAUAAGCAGGGCCUGGGGUCUGACAUUGGGUCCGACGAACCCAACUCGUCAGGCCUCCUCUUUUGGUUGAUUUACUUCAACGAGAAGACCCUCAGCCUGCGCCUAGGACGUACAUCCACCAUUCCUGAAGAGGAUAUCACAAUUCCUCCUCCAGGUGGUAACCAUCAAUCAGGCCCCAUCAUGUUCUACUGCCAGAUCCAAAUUCGGGUGGCUCGAGCGGCUGGCAAAAUCUACUCCGACCUCUAUUCCGCAUACUCUUUGACCAUGUCUCCAUCAUACAGGAGAGCGAAGGUCAAGGUACUCGAGAGAGAGAUUCAAGCUCUCCAAAAGGCUUCUGCAUUCAAUCAAGAACGACUGCGAUUGUUAAGUGCCUAUGAGGAAUUAAAGCCUUUGUUUAGCCUCAUUUUCGCGUCUGACGACGUGCUUAGCCUCUCCAUGAUGACGUUGAUACAUCGCGCAUCCCCUGUCGAGUCUUCGCAGCCAUUUAUGAACCAGUGUCUUGAAUAUGCGAGAGCGACACUAAACCGGUUCAACAGCUUUGACAAGAUCAAAACCCCCACUAUAUUAUCAUACAUCAACUGGACAGUACUGCUCCUACCUUUCCUUCCGUUCUUUGUCUUGUUUUGUAACGCGGUCGAGUAUGGCAAUAAGGAGGAUUUAGAGUGUUUGAACAUGUUUGUUCAAUCACUUGGGGUGGCAUCGGAUGACUCGGGUCUCGCGAAUCACCAUCGCCUCUUCGGGGCCUUCUAUACUCUUGCCAGACAUUAUGUAGAGCGAAGAAACGGCACUGUGGCAUCUUGGCAAUAG